AUGACAGGCCCCUUCCAGAGACAGCCCUGCGGGAAAGGGAGCCUGGUACCUCGGGGCCCUGGGUCCUCCACAGAGGGCGAUUCAGAGGCGGCACCUGGUGCCCGCGGCCGCGGGGAGCUGGCUCUCGGGGGCGCUCCUCGGGCCGGAGUCGGGCGCGGGACUCGGGAGGAGAGGCGCGCUCCUGGCGCGGGGACCCGGCAGCCCGCGCACGGCGGCCCUUUGGAGAGGCCGGGAGCACCUCCCGCGGGGAAGAAGCGCGCGGGGUCUCCCGGGGCCGGCGGGCGCUGUCAGCUGGAGCCAGCAGCGGGGCGGGUCCGCACGCGGGGGCGCCCGCCCUGGGGACCUUUCCCGCCCGGGCAGAAGCGCUCCCUGCGGGGAUCUGGCGCCGCCACGCGAGGGGGCGGCGCCCCCACGGCGGGCCCCGAGGAUGGGCGCCCCGGCCGUUUGAUGCUGGUUGUGGCUCCCGCUUCGCGGCACUGCCACCCCCUGCAGAAGCAGCCGAAAUCCCACAGGCUGCCCCAAGAGCGGGCCCCGGUGGCCCCGGCCAACAGCCUGCCGAUGCGCCCCCUACCCCAGCCUCGUCGUAGGCGCGCCAGACCCGGAGAACGCCCCCACCCCAGCCCGACUCCCCGGCCUGCGCUCCCCGCACCCGCCGUUCCAGCGCCCCCUCCCCCAAUUACCUCCAGCCGCCGGCCCUUGGCCCACGCGCCCCACACACCCCCAACCAGACCUUCCGCGGCUGGGACCACCUCCCCGCCGCGAUCCUCAUCCCCGCCGGCUCCAGCCAGGGAGGGGCGGCGUCGCCGGGGAACUCACCCGCUCUCCCUAGCCCGGCCCCGAGCGGCUCCGGCCCUGGUUCUGUCAGUCGGUCCCCGAGCCGCAGCUGCCCGUGCGGCGACAGAAGCUGGCUGA